AACAAACAAUAAAAAACCCGACCUUUAAGGUUUAAACCCUCAUUUCUCAUCAUCUUCUUCCUCUGAAGCUUUUCGUGAUUCACAACUAUGGAAGAAACCCUGCAACCGAUGAAUUCUUCUUCGAACCCCGAUCCCAAGCAAGCAAUUUCCGGCUGUACUUUUGAGGAAACUCUUGAAAACCUUCCAAAUGAAGUGAUAAUUGAGAUUCUGACUUGGCUCCCUGUCAAAACCCUGCUUCAAUUCCGCUGCGUGUCGAAAUCCUGGCGGGAUGCGAUUUCUUCUCCGAAAUUCAUCAAAGCCCAGUUCAAGAAAUCGUCGAACAGGGACGAUUACGCACGCCAUCGGGUUCUGUAUCGGUGUUGCAAAACACUUGGUGACACCAGGCUGUGCAGCUUCGAGACUAGGUAUUUUCCUGUUGCCCCUGUCUUCUUUGGUGAUAUCAACGCUACUAUUGACUCAACCCUAGUGGAGGAUCCGUUUAUCAAUAGCUGCGAUGCUCAAAUUGUGGCUGCUGCUCAUGGCCUUGUUUGUGUUAGCCGGGGGAAGGAUUUUUAUUUCUGGAACCCCACUCUUAGGAAAUUUAAGAAAUUGCCUCGAUUUUAUGAUUUACCAAAGGAAGGGGGGCAGGUUCAAAUCUUGUUUGGGUACAAUGAGGAUGAAGAUGAUCAUCAAGUUUGUCUUAUUGCUUUUGGGAAAUGGAUUGCGGUGUAUAGUGGAAACACCAACACAUGGAAGAGGAUCCCUGGCUUUGUAGGUGGAAUGCGCGAAGGGUAUUUUCUUGUGCGUGGAAAGCUUUAUUGGGGAAAAGGUACUAGUGGAAGGGGAAAGAUUUGUUACCUUGACUUGAAGACUGAAGCAUAUGGAGUGCUGCAACAGCCUGAUUAUGGUAAUGGCACUUUUGAUAUGGUUUUUGGAGCUGUCGAAGGUGGUCUGGAUGUCCUCUGUUAUCAUCGGACAAGUCAUAUUGACAUGUGGAUGAUGAAGGAAAAUGGCGGGAAGCAAUCAUGGACUAAAAUGCUUUUGGUUCCUAAGUUUAAGGAUCCCAGCGGUAGGAAGUGUUGCCAACCAGUUCUCGUGUCCAAGGAUGGGAAAAUUUUCUUCGUGUACAGGAAAUUCAUGGCUCUUUCUGACCCAAAAACUAAAUUGGUGACAUUCCCUCGUGUUACUCCCAUGGGAGAACCUUGGCUGUCUGAGGUGGUUGUUGAGAGUUUAUUCUUGGUUAAUGAUCACGAUGCAGAAGGGCCAGUGGCGGAUCCUGGGACAAAUGGUCUCGUCAUGAUUCAGCACCGCCUGGACUAGAAGUGUCGUCGGCUCUAGGACUGGCAGUUGAAUGAAGAUCUGCAGAAUUGGUGGAGAAUUACUUCUGCUGAUGCUAUAUAUUAGUAGUUGAAAAUGUGUAUUUUGCUAUGUUCAUGGGAAGAAACUUUAGUAUGGUUGCGUUAACAAUGGUAAAACUAAUAUUGGGUCUAGGUGAACCUUUAAUGUAGCUGUUGGUAACUUGGUUUUGUGGGCAGAACAUUUCUCUGUAGUUGCCUUAACGAUGGUAAGUUAAUUUCGGGGUCUAGUGAACCUUUAAUGUAGUUUUCUUGACAACUCGGUAUGUGAUUGUCAUUGGAGAUUUAGCGGUGAUCACCGUGUUUGAUGUCUUUUGGUUCUUUAGUGUUGCCAAUCUCUCAUUGAAUCAAAGUAGUUGAGAGCCAAAACUUCAAGACAGAUUCCACUCUUUGAGAUGGCAGUUGGAUUUAUUUUCAAGUAAUGGAAUCGUCAGAAGCUUGGAGUAAUGAUAGUAAUUUCACUAUGGCAUACAUUUUUUUUCCCCACUGAAUACACAACUUCGAUCACUAUAUGUAAAAGCGUAGAAGUAUGAAAAUUUACCAACAAACUAAUCAUUAAAUUUCAAAGGUUCCAACUGAUGAAAACGUGCAUGGCAAUAUUGGCAACCAAUAAAGAAGAUGUUUCGACUCUAUGACGGGGAAGCUAGUUGAUUUAUUAGUUUCUUGUAAUGUUAUUCAACGUGGAGUUGUCGACUGAGUUGCCGGACUGAGAUAUACCAAGUCGGUUACAAAUCGUAUAAUAUUUUACAUCUCUCAACUAAUUCAUCGACUUCAUUGUGUCACGGGCUAAUUUUUCUCAAGGUAAAACCGUGCGUCGCUAGACUAAAACCUUGAACGAUUCAAGUGCUAAGUCAACCUAGAUCCUCAAAUCGUGCAAAAGUUAUGAAGAAACAAUAGAGGUUGAAAGAAAGCUUGGAAAAUUAAUAAUAAGAAAGUUUUAAGAAAGUUUGAGAAAUUUUUUC